UUCAAAGUCCACCUUAAUGCAGUCUUUGAUCAUGAAGAGCUCUAAAGAAGCCGUGCAGACUGCUGCCAAAGAGUUCCUGCAGUUUGUGAACAAAGGAGUGUCUCCAUAUCACGUGGUGGAAGAAUGUCGUCAGCGUCUGUUAGCGGCUGGAUUCAUCGAGCUGAAGGAGUCGGAGCAGUGGGACAUUAAACCGUCCAGCAAGUACUUUGUGACGAGGAACUUCUCCAGCCUCAUCGCCUUCGCCGUGGGCGGACGCUUCCUGCCAGGAAACGGCUUCUCUAUGAUCGGAGCUCACACUGACAGCCCCUGCCUCAGAGUGAAGCCUCGCUCUAAGAGGACGAAGCAGGACUGUCUUCAGGUCGGUGUCGAGUGUUACGGAGGAGGAAUCUGGAACACCUGGUUCGACCGCGACUUGACCAUCGCCGGCCGCGUCAUGGUGAAGAAAGACAGCCGUCUGGUCCAGCGGCUGAUCCACGUCCCCAGACCUUUACUCAGGAUCCCUCACCUGGCCAUCCACCUGCAGAGAGACAUCAACGACUCCUUCGGCCCCAACAAGGAGAAUCACCUCGUGCCGAUCCUCGCCACCAUGGUCCAGGAGGAGCUGGAGACAGGAAGUGCUCCCUCUGGAGACGCCAUCUCUGCUACAACUACGGCGGAGAAGCAUCACGCAGCGCUGGUGAAGGUUUUGUGUUCAGAGCUGAAGGUUGAACCUGAAGCUCUGAUGGACUUUGAGCUCUGCCUGACCGACACUCAGCCUGCGGCUUUGGGAGGCGUCUACGAGGAAUUCAUUUACUCUCCUCGUCUGGAUAAUCUGCACAGCUGCUACUGCGCUCUGCAGGGUUUGGUGCAGUCGUGCUCCGGAGACUCUCUGUCCAAAGAUCCCAACGUCCGCAUGAUCACUCUGUACGACAACGAGGAGGUGGGGUCAGAGAGCGCUCAGGGAGCUCAGUCCAACCUGACGGAGCUCAUCCUCAGCCGUCUCUCCUCCUCCUCCUCCAACCUCACGGCCUUCCAGCAGGCGGCGCCGCUCUCCUUCAUGAUCAGUGCUGACAUGGCGCACGCCAUCCACCCAAACUACCAAGAGAAGCACGAAGAGAACCAUCGACCAGCUUUCCACAAGGGUCCAGUGAUCAAGUUCAACAGUAACCAGCGUUACGCAACCACGGCCGUCACCGCCUCGGUCGUCAGAGACAUCGCAGGCCGGGUCGGCGUUCCUCUGCAGGAUGUCAUGGUGCGUAACGACAGCCCAUGUGGAACCACCAUCGGUCCGAUCCUCGCCGCCCGGCUCGGCGUUCCCGUGGUCGACAUCGGAGCGCCGCAGCUGUCCAUGCACUCCAUCAGGGAGAUGUGCUGCACCUCCAGCGUCCUGCAAAGCACCUCCCUGUUUAAGGGCUUCUUCGAGUUGUUCCCCACCGUGAGGAGCUCGCUGGUCGUCGACUAGAACCCGGACAAACUUUUUUUAAAGGAGUCGUUUUCAACUCGAAGCUGCAAUAACUUUAAUACAUCACAUCGCUGGAUUCAACGUGCACUGAGUUUAAAAAAUGACUGAAUCCUUUUCCUAAAACUGUGAUUCUACUUCCUCACAAAUAAAUAAAUGGCAUCACAUCAAAUCCCAGACUAGACGAGCACUUCCUGAUCUU